AUGACGAAGAAUAGCAAGAGUCAGCGCAGAGAUGUUGAGAUAGAACUACAGGAUUUUCCUGAAGAGGAAGAACAUCGAUCAAGAUGGUCUUGUACAUACAUCAACCACAUCUUGCUUUCCCUCCCUGACGAUAGCCUAUGGAAUUCUAUGAUGUGUGUUUUAGUGUUUUCUGCUACUAUUCAUAGUUUCGUUGAUUGCAACGAUAACUUAUAUUCGUAUUGUUUCGAUUUAAUCUAUAAUAUUAUAUAUGCAGCUCAUGUCCUAAUCUUAGCAUACAGCUAUUCAGUUAAUACUGAAGAUCUUGCCGUAGACGUUUCUACUAUUUUUAUCAAGUGCCCUACUUGCGCAAAUAAAGUAUUAAAAAAGUCAUCUCUUGCAUGCGUCGAGUGCAAAAAUUAUUUCCACCUUCAAUGUGCUGGUCAUAAUGAGAGUCAAUUAUCCUCUCUGACAACUCAAUUCAAAUCAACUUGGAGAUGUCCUAUUUGUGUCAAUCAACGUAAAAAAGGUGGUAAUAGUGCAAAUGUACUUGUUCGAGGCCUAUCGCAAACUUCGCCCAGCAGUUGCACGGAAACAAAUACAGUAAAUGCUAGUCCGCAAGCUACAUGUUCGAAGUGUUUGAAUACAACAAAAUUGGAUGAAAUAACUUUAGCAUCGAUCAAAAACGAAAUAAAUAAAUCUGUCACUGAGGCAAUUCACGCUGUUCAUAACGUUCUUGAAGCUAAAUUUACUGAUCUAAUAAAUAAAGUAAGUGAUUUGACUUCAACUGUUGAGUUUUUUUCAAAUAAGUACGACGAACUGAAGAGCCGGCUGGAUUCACGGGAUAAGGAAGUCGUUGAACUGUUGACACAAAAUAGAGUUCUUGAAGAAACUGUAAAGGAUCUUGGAUUUCGAUUGUCUAGCUUAGAACAGCACUCACGCGAGUGUAAUGUCGAAAUAAAUGGCUUGCCUGAGUUUAAAUCGGAAAAUUUGGUCCAAACUGUUUUACAGAUUGGUAAAACUGUUUCUCACACCAUCAAUGAUACAGAUGUUAUGUCUUGUUUUCGAGUUGCCAAGAAAGACAAUAAUAAUAAGCGCCCCCGAGCGGCUAUCGUUAAAUUCCGAAGUCCUAGAAAUCGCGAUGCUUUUUUAACGGCAUAUUAUAAGUACAAUAGAGAAAAUCGAUUGGACAAACUCUCAACCCAGGCAAUUGGAAUUGGUGGCGAUAGAGCACCCAUCUAUUUGUCGGAACAUCUGUCACCUCCAAAUAAAAUGCUACAUGCCGCAACCAGAAAAAAAGCUAAGGAAAUUUCAUAUAAUUUUGUAUGGGUCCGCAACGGGUCAUUAAAUGAGAAGAAAAUGCGAAGCAGCGUGCUAGGAACGACAUUGAAGUACUGUUAUAUCUUCAUGGUUUUGCGUCUUACUUGGGCCAUGAUAUGGAUUAUAAUCAAUGAGUUAUCUAAGUCCAAAAUCACAAAUGGUUUAUACAAAUAUACAAAUCCUAUAGGUACUUUAAAUUACAAAUCACUAACAUCGCUCAAAAAGAAACGGGGACUGAUCCGUGUGCUGUAUGCCUGCGGAACUGAACAAAGUGAAGCACUUAGGGAAACGGAGUUGCGUCCAUCUGUCGCACCAAUAAAUAACAUUGAGCGUAUCGCCUGCCUCAUGGUGAUGCUGACGGGUUGUCUGGUUGUGACCGGGGCUGCGGUUGCUUCUCUCUCUCUCAUCAUCAGUAUCUACAUGCGUCCGGAAGAAAAUUUCCAAACAAGAUAUAGGCUAAUUAUGAAACAAAUGGAAACGUACAACAUACCACCAAGUCUUCGUGACAAAGUGGAAACAUUUUACAAGAUGUACUGGCACAAGCAACGAGCGGUAUCUGCAACGGAAUUACUAUCAAUUUUCCCACCUUCAUUGACCGCUACCAUAUACACUGAUAUAUACUUUAAAGCUACUCAAAAGUGCCGGAUUCUACGAGACUUGGAAUACCAAUUUUUAUCUGAAGUUGCCAAAAAUAUGGAGACAAUUCAUUAUAUACCAGGAGAUGCCAUAAUAAAGCGAAAUCACAGAAAGUCAUCUAUAAUAUACAUUACUUAUGGCGACGUAGAAGUUCGUAAAUCUUCAUUUUAUAAAAUUUUACUAUUAGCAGAAGAUGACAGUACAGCAACGCUCAGGUUUAUUCGCGGUACAAUCCUGUCGCCUUGUGCUGGAUGUCCAGCAGCUGGCUGUGGUAGAGCUCAUGUGGAGAUCAGGGCAGCUACCUUCUGCACUGCUCAUAUACUGAGUGUAUUGGAUUUAUGGAAGACAGUGGUAAAAUAUGGCAAAGAGAAUAGUCAGGGCACGAUAAUUCUCAAGACAUUUAAUGAGCAUUUUGAUAAAGUAAAAAGACAUUUUAACUUGCGUUUCCCUGUAGAAGCUAAGUACAAAAGCAGUAUUCUAAAUUUUAAACGCAAUUUGAUGCUUCUUAAAGAAUCAAAAGAUGAUGAGGGAAAUCUACUUCUCGCUCAAACGGAUGUUAUGAUUGAUAUUGCCGGAUGUUAUAUAAUGAGAAAUAGAGCGGAUGCAUCUCUCACGGACGAAGCGGAUGCUAUUUGUUUACGACCAACGUUCCCUUGUAUUUUGCAACCUAAAUCAUCACUUCAAGUCGCUUGGAACUUAUUUGUUACCAGCCUUAUUUUAACUGUAUGCAUUACCCAUCCCUACUACUUAGUAUACCAGAGGCAUGUCCCGAUCGAGUUCAGAUUCUAUGACUAUGUUGUAACAGUGAUAUAUAUCUUAGAUCUGGUGGUUUAUCUAUCGACAGGAGCAAAUGUUGAAGAUGGAGUUCCUAUCACAUUUGCCCAGACUUCGUCUCAACAGGCGCGUAACAAGUGGUUCGUGCUGGACGUCAUUGGCACGUUACCCAUUCUCGAGUUUAUCCAUAAUGGCCACUUUGCCGGCCUAAAUAAGCUUUUAAGACUGCCCAAGAAGGUUUCUCUAGCACAUUGGGAACUGUCUUCUGAUGAGGUAAUUACUGAGAAUAUGUCUGUUCGUUAUUUGGUACGUGGAGGCAAUCAUCCUUUACUGAUAAAGAUCAUAAUUACCCAAGGCCACCCUCAGGACAUGUCAAGACAUCUAGUGAGUAUAUUUAUGACUAUUUUGAUAAGGAAUUCAUCGAACUGGUUGCUGGUUGCUCCAAUAUUUACUACCUACGUAAAAACGGAAGAUAAUAAAGCUAUAUUGAUGGCGUCCAAUUGUACUGGUGCUAAACAUCAAGACUACGUUAAACGAUGGGACAAACUAACAAACAAACAAAAUCUUACAAGGAUAAUAUUAUUCCCAGGGUUCGAUUAUUGUAUAGUUUCCAACUACACUCACUCCCCAUACUGGGAGCAGAAACCUUUGGACGACAAAACUUUAGAAAACAGAAUAACGUUUGCACUUUACUGGGCGAUUUCUGUCAUUACAUUCACAAGUCACCUGGAGACGUGGGGCAUAGAAAAUUGGAAUAAUACCAUUUACACCAUGUUUGUUUUGGAAAUUUGCACGGUCCUAUACAUUUUUAUGGAAGCUGUAUAUUCCGCCACGAUCAUGGUGACCACAGCUCUCAGAGAAGAGUUUGACGCGUGCAUAGAAAAUGUCACCAAUUUUCUGAUCACGAACGAUGUGGAUGUCAUCCUUCGAGACCGAUUUAUCGAGUAUCUACAAUUACGCUGGUACAUUGAUAAGGCCUAUUCUAUAACAAACAAACAAACAUCCAUAUUCUACGAUCUUCCCGCGCACGUGUAUCAAGAUAUCGUGGCGAGGCAGAGAAGCAAAUAUAUACUUUGCAUACCUUUUAUGAAGUUACUCCACAAAGAAGAUUUAAAAAAUAUAUAUUCCAAGGCGAAAUUAUUCUGUACGGCACCUAAUGAAAUUCUACUGAACACAGGCGACAUGAGCAAUGAAAUGUACGUUAUUAAAAGAGGCAUAUGUGAGAUUUUAAGCCCUGAAACUAAAAAUGUGGUCGGCGUAAUGAGCGCGCGGAAUCAUUUUGGAGUUAUACAGUGCCUUUUGCGCUUGCCAGCGUUCUACACGGUGCGCGCAGUCACACAUGUCGAGAUAUUCUCUAUAUCCCGCAAGUAUUUACUGAAUGCAUUCGAUAUUCCACAAAUAAAAGAUGCUAUAGAAUUCUGCAAAGAGCAGCCACAAUACAGUCGUCUCCAAAAACUUCGAAAACCGUUCCUAUCCUACAAGCCUCCAGAACCAACGCCCAAUAUGGAGAAGUUCCGCUUACCGAAGAAACAUGAACAGGACCAUGCAUUCCUACAACCUUUCUACAAACUGGGAAUGCUUUCUGUUCUAAGAUAUAUGUUCCCGCGUUUCACCAUUCGACCUGACAGCCGCUAUUUAGUGCACUACGAGUGGGUUCGCGCGUCCUGCGCCCUGUUGUCCGCCGUCGUGUAUCCGUGCUACACGUACAUGGUGCUACAGUGGCCCUGGCUCUACUUUUUUACAUUAUUGCUUGAUUUUUCUGCCUAUUUCGAUAUAUUACAAAGAAUGUUAAUAGGUUACUAUAACGAGAAGGGCAUUCUCGUGUACCAUCCCACGAGUACUGCAGGCCACUACUUGAAAGGGGCGUUCAUGGUGGACCUGUUUGGGGUACUACCUUUAGAACGCCUUGAAUCUUCUUGGAAGAAAUCAUUAGUUCGCUUUAAUUUAACUGAGUCGCCGUGGAAUCUGCAUUUGGCUUCUUACUUCUGGGUCGUAUACGAGACUACCACCACAGGCUACAGCAGUUUUAAGCCUACAAAUUUCAACAUCAUGCGAGUCCUCAUCGCUGGCAUGAUUAUAGGCGCAAUGAUCACUACAUACUUUUCUGUGCGAAUAAUCAGUAUACGAGCUAAUGUGAACAAGGCCUUAGCGUCCUUUCAAGAGCAUAUGAAGGAUAUCGGUGCCUUUAUGAAGAGAGAAAAAUUGAACUUAGAAUUGCAAAAUCAAGUAAUGGAGUAUUAUAAGUUUAAUUGGGACAAAACUGGCGGUAUGGACUAUAGAAAUGUACUUAAACUAUGCGAUCAAAUUACUCUCAGAACAGACGCAAUUUUACAUAUAUAUGGACCAACUUUCACGAAGUGUCCAAUUCUCUACAAAUGCGAUAUAUCUCUGCUACGUAUUAUCGGACGAGCUGUUCGAAGUUGUUACUUCCUUAGGAACACCAUGGUCAUAGACGUCGACGAAGUUAUAUCUGAUAUAUACUUUGUCGAUCAAGGCAGCGUAGAGUUGGUGGAUUCAAAGCGUCUUGAUAAUAAGAUUAUUUUGACUAAAGGAAGUAUAUUCGGAAACUUAGAAGGUCCAUCAACAAUUCGCUGCCCUGUGUCAAUGACGACGUCUACACAAGUACAUUUACUGCAAAUACACUCUCAAGCUUUCUUCAGUAUCAUUAGUGACUUUCCUGCUGUUCCUAAACUGUUGACACUGUACCGUCCUUCGAAUGAGGUGAUGUUUGUAUCCAUGUUGCAAGUAAUAUCCACCAUGAUGUACAUGGUGUAUGUGGGAGAGCUGUCUAAUAUCAUUCAGUACCAGUCUUAUCGCUCAUUCUAUUUUUACUCUAGCUAUCUUCAAUUACAAGACUUCCUAAAAAAUAAUCGUGUGUCGAAAGUUUUGGUUAAAUUAGUAAACAAAUAUUCUUUGCAUCUAUGGCGCGAGACGCGCGGUCUUCAAGUGCCGUAUUUUUUGAAGACAGCACCUAAUUGCCUUAAGCUCAAAAUAAUGUCUGCUGCAUAUUUGUUCCACCUUAGAGAUCAUCAUUUAUUUAGAGGCUGCGAGCCCGCAUUUCUUCGACAGUUAGUUGUUUAUCUACAGCUACAUAUAUACGAUGAAGACAUGUUCAUUGUAAAAGAGAGAGAAAUAACUGACUCUAUGUAUAUUAUUCACGUUGGACGUGUAAUAGAGACUUCAGAGAAAUCUAGCAGAAGGAAAUCAUACCAAGCCGGAGAAUACUUUGGGGAGUUGCAAGGUACAGUUUAUGAUGUCCCGUUUGAGCACUCAUACAAAACAGCGGUCAAGUCACAAAUACUUACUUUGUCACAUAAGGAUUGGGAAGAUCUAUUGACCCAUUUCCCUAAAAGUAAGAAAAAUAUAUAUAGAUAUGUCCAAAAUGAAACUACAUCGAGUGAUGGUGAUGGAGACGACGGGAUGGAUGGGAGAAAUAAAAAUGUAAAUUUCAGCAAUACUGAUGACGUUUUAAGACCUUUUCCUAAAGAGGUGCCUACUACGACUGCCUCUCAACAUACAUCUAUUGACACAAAUUUAAGAAAGGAAUCUUCUGAACACAGUGCAACACCAGGAUCUAGUAAUAUGAGAUCCCAAUCCGUAGACAACCCUUCCAGUUGGCCACUAGAAAAGAAAAAGUCUUAUGGUAGUGAUUUUAUUGACACUCCUUUAAAAGUAGAGAAUAUUUACACGAAAUCUCGGAAAUUAAUUGAAGAGAAAGGCAGAACUUACUUAAUGGAGGUUAAAUCAUCAACUUCUCAAUAUGAAGAAAGAUCUUCUGAAAUCGAUACAAAAGAAGAAAGCACAGAAUCUCGUAGCAGUAUACAGAAGAGUGAUUUUAAAACCAAACAUGAUAUAAAAAGCGUGGAAGAUUACAUUCUAGAACAACAUGGAGACAGAAGCAGUUUGCCUAAAAGUACUCGAUCACAAUCAACUAAAUCUAGUAAAAGACGUAAGACUGCUGUCAGGUAUAAUGACAGCGAGCCUACAACUUCUGGAUUAGACUCGCACGAACUGAAACCAAGAAGAAACAUGUCUGCUGAAGAACAAAAUUUGAAUUCCUUAGAUAGUGAAAUGCAAGAAAUACAAAUACAAGAUCUGGAUAUUACAGAAAAAGAUUCUGAUAAGAACGAUUUU